GAUAGUUCUUUUCUUCACGUCGUGCUCCCCAGAUGUACUCCAUGAGCUACUUCACACAGGAGAUCGCUUUUGUGGCGCUAAACGGGGCAGUUGGACUGACUUAUUUCAUAGAGAGCGGCGAGUGGGAGGUCACAAGCACGAGCAUCACUACUGGGGCCGACGCUGUAAUCGGCUUCGGCUUCUUCAGGAUAAGCUUCAACCUGCGACGACGUCCCGGGUUUUUCCUCAUCAGCGUCGGGAUGACGUUGAUGUUGCUCUCAUUCGUCAACCUCAUGGUGUUCCUCAUCCCUGUGGAGAGCGGCGAGAAGAUCAGCUACUGCAUCACCGUCCUGCUGGCCCUGGCGGUUUUCCUGAGCGUCAUCGGAGACAUGUUGCCCAGGUCUUCCGACAUCAUGCCGCUGAUGACCAUCUACCUCAUGAUUCUGUUCAUCAUCUCUGUCCUCGCCGUUAUCGUCGCUGUCGGCAUCGUCUGGCUGCACCACAGAGAGGAGAAAGACACACGACGCCAGAAUGCCACCGCUUCCUUCAAGAACAUAUUCGGAAAAGUUCGAUCGAUGAACAGAGCGACUGCGUCUUUGACCAAAGUGAUGCCCUCUCAACAAGAUCCAGAGUCUCCUGACAACGACCAUUCUCCACCCUCUGCCUCGAUGGAAGGACUGAAGAAACUUCGGGCAGCCGAGAAAUCGAGGGAGAGCGCGCCGCCAGGCGAGGGGAAGAGUGAUAAGAACAGGCCAACAGUGAACAAGUACAAAAUAAUCGGGCAACAUAUUGAUAUGAUAUCUUUUGUUGUUUUUAUGGUGGUCUGGUGCUUGGUUACUUUUUGUAUCCUUUUGAUGGCUAUGACAUGAGGUUUUGUUGUUUGUAUGUGAUGUACUUUGUUUUGCCAUUAUUAUUUUAGAAAAUAAUUUCAGUGGAGUUUUCCACUAAGGAGGAGAAAACCCUGACUUGAUUUGGGCUCUAACCGCCAAAGUUCCUCCCUCACACGCAGGGAUUUAACAUCACGCCUGGCCACGUCUCCAAACAGAAAAUCGCUGUGUGCGUGGUCGAUUUCAUAAAGCCGGGCGCGGGGUACAGCGCGGCUCCAGAAAUUUUGGCUGUGCCAAAUAUUUUUCAAUUGGCUCAGGGUAGAGUAGAGUAGUUGUUUAAAAAGCAAAAGAAUAACAUUUGUGU